CAGUGACAAAAUCAAGUUUCCAGGGAGAAUCAACUUGUGGUUUUGUCUGGAAAUCUUCAAAGAUCCCGGUGGGUCUAGGCCAGAAGCCCUCUGGGAUACAAACAUCUCGUGCCCUCGCUGCAGACAGAGCUUUGCCCAGAAGACCGUCAGACUGAAGAGGAAAUUGUGGAAGUUGUAGAAAAAGCUGAGCAUCCGAGUGUGCUGGGAGUCUAAGAGGAGUCUAAGAAGAGGAGCAGAAUAGACAGGAGUGACCGGAAGUGCCCUGAGAACAGUGCUUGGCCAUGGCCACAGCAAGACCAGGGCAGGGCAUCCAAGAGGAAAUCAAGUGUCCCAUCUGCCUGGAGCAUCUGACCAACCCAGUGACACUCGAGUGUGGGCACAACUUCUGCCAAGCGUGUAUCAAUGACUACUGUGAGACUUGGGAACAACAUGGACCUUUGGAGUGUCCUGUCUGCAGAGCCAGGUUCCAGAAAGGGAAUCUCCAUCCAAACUGGCAGCUGGGAAAUCUAGUAGAUAGCAUUAAACAAUUGCAGUUAGUUCCUGGAGUUGUAGAUCUGUGUGUGAAACACAAGAAGGAGCUCAACUUGUUCUGUUGGGAGGAUGGGGUGGCCGUGUGUGUGGUUUGUGAGAGAUCUCCAGAGCACAGGUCUCACUCAGUGCUGCUCAUUGAGGAGGCUGCCCAGAAAUACAAGGAGCAAAUCCAGCCUGAACUGGAGAGUCUAAGGAAAGAGAGAAAAAGGCUUGAAGCCCAGAGAGUGAGUGAGAGUCAGAAACACCAGGAAUAUCAGGAAAAGACAAAGGCUGCGAGGCAGAAGAUUGUGUCUGAAUCACAGCGACUGCACCAGUUCAUCGAGCAGCAGAAACAACUCCAGCUGGCCCGGCUGGCAGAGCUGGAGAGGGAGAUUGAGGUGAUUCAGGAGGAAACUGUCACCAAACUGUCUCAGGAGAUCUCCUGUCUGGACAGCCUGAUCAGGGAGAUGGAGGACAAGUGCCAGCAGCCACCAGUGGACCUCCUGCAGGACAUCAGAAGCACGUUGAGCAGGUGCAAGAAGGGGCAGUUCCAGCUACCAGCGGGGAUUUCCCCUGAGCUGCAAACAAGACUCAAGAGCUUCAAUGGACUAAACCUAAGGGAGAUGAUUAGCCUAUUUCAAGACACUCUGCAGUCUUAUCUGAAGGAGGGCUCAUACCCGAAAGUGACGGUGACGCUGGAUCCAGACACGGCUCAUCCCCAUCUUUUCCUUUCUGAUGAUGGGAGAAGUGUGAGAUGUACGAUCAUAAGGCAGCGUCUGCCUGACAAUCCUGACAGAUUUUAUACAUACUCCUAUGUGCUGGGCCGUGAGGGAUUCAUCACGGGAAGACACUGCUGGGAGGUGGAGGUGGAGGUGGGGGAAGAGGCGUUCUGGGCCGUGGGGGUCGCCAGAGAGUCCGUGAAGAGGAAGAGACUCAUCCACUUGAGCCCAGAGUGGGGGAUCUGGGCUGUGCAGUGCUCACGUAGUCAGGUCCAGGCUCUCACUUGCCCUAAGCCCACUGCACUGUCCCUGUGCCGGGUCCCCAGCAGGAUCCGUGUGUGUCUGGACUGUGCAGCGGGGCGAGUGUCAUUUCUCGAUGCUGACACCAAGGCCCCAAUCUUCACCUUCCCGCCGGCCUCAUUCUCUGGGGACAGAAUCCAUCCCUGGUUCUGGCUGAGGGACGAUGGAGCUGAGCUCAGGCUGUGCCACUGAAACGGGGGGUGGGCAGGGGCAUGUCCCACGGGGAGUGAUGCACUCCAGCCUCCUGCUCUGUGCCUCAGCACUUGAAGGAGACUGUCCCAACAGAGACACCAUACUGAUAUUUCAGUACUAUCCCCAUACUUGUAGUUUAAUUAU